AUGCAGGUGACCUGGAAGAGGUCUUGGAAUCUGCGGAGCGACAUGAGGAGGAAGACAGGGGGAAGGGAAAGGAUCGAGGGAGACGGCGAGACAAAAAGAGGAAGCGAAACGCCCCAAGAACAGCCUCCAAACGGGGAGAAGCGACGGGUAGAAGGGGGAGGAGGAGACGCGCCGAGGAGAAAGACACGCGGGCGCGGCCAAUCGGACGAGAGAAAGGCGGAGCCAAAGAAAGGAAAGAAACAGCCGACCUGUCCUGCAGAGAAGAAAAAGCGCAAGAAGGACGUCGAGAGCAGCUCACAGCAGGAGUCGAGCGAGGAGGAGGCGGAGGAGGAGGAGGAGGAGGAGGGAGGAGGAGAGGAGGAGGAGGUGAAGCCGGAGACGUUGUCACCUGAGGAGUUGGAGAAGCUGAAGGAGGCCGUGGAUGACAGGAAAAAACUCAUCCACACCUUGAGAGGGAUACCAUGGUCCAUGAAGAAGAAGCUGACUAGUCUGGGGGAGUCUCAGAAGUUUGUGGAGAAGUUCGAGGGAGCUUUGGGGAAAGGCAAGGGGAGGAAGCUGUACGCCUACAAAGUCCUGAUGAACAAGAAAUGGAUGAAGUUCCGGCGAGACUUUGAAAACUUCAAAACCGCUUGCAUUCCGUGGGAGAUGAAAAUCAAAGAGAUUGAGAGUCAUUUCGGCUCAUCGGUGGCCUCUUAUUUCAUCUUCCUGAGGUGGAUGUACGGCAUCAACCUGAUCCUGUUUGGACUGACCUUUGGCCUGGUCAUGGUUCCUGAGGCGCUGAUGGGAAGACCUUAUGGCAGCAUGCCUAGAAAGACAGUACCGAGAUCUGAGGAAGCCAGUGCCAUGGACUUUGCAAUCUUGUGGGACUUUGGGGGCUAUGCACAGUACUCUGUGCUCUUCUAUGGAUUCUAUAACAGCCAGCGUACCAUUGGCUGGCUCAAGUUCCGCAUGCCCCUCUCCUACUUCCUGGUUGGUGUGGGAACCGUCGCCUACAGCUACAUGGUGGUCAUACGGACAAUGGCCCGGAAUGCCAACGAGGAGGGGGGAGGAGACGACAACAACUUCAACUUCAGCUGGAAGGUGUUCACCAGCUGGGAUUACCUCAUCGGGAACACGGAGACAGCCGACAACAAGUUUGCCUCCAUCACCACCAGCUUUAAGGAAGCCAUCUUGGAGGAACAGGAGAGCAGGAAGGAUGACAACAUCCACCUGACCCGCUUCCUGCGUGUGCUGGCCAACUUCCUGGUUCUGUGCUGCCUGGCAGGAAGUGGCUACCUCAUCUACUACGUGGUGCGUCGCUCCCAGAAGUUUGCCCUGGACGGACUGGAGAGCCACAGCUGGUGGGAGAGGAACGAGGUGAACAUGGUGAUGUCUCUGCUGGGCAUGUUCUGCCCCAUGCUGUUCGAUGUCAUCAGCGCCCUGGAGGACUAUCACCCUCGCAUCGCCCUGCAGUGGCAGCUGGGGAGGAUCUUCGCUCUCUUCCUGGGGAACCUGUACACCUUCAUCAUCGCCCUCAUGGACGAGAUCAACCUCAAGAGGGAGGAGGAGGAGGUGGUGAAGCAGAACAUGACCCUCUGGGAGGCGGGGCUGCUGAACGAGAGUCGGCCGGAGAACAGCACGGCUCCGCCCUUCAGCGUCCACCCCGCCGACAUCCCCCGAGGACCCUGCUGGGAGACCAUGGUGGGACAGGAGUUUGUCCGCCUCAUCAUAUCUGACACGAUGACCACAUACAUCACUCUCCUGAUCGGAGACUUCCUGAGAGCUGUGCUCGUUCGCUUCCUCAACCACUGUUGGUGCUGGGACCUGGAGGCCGGGUUUCCGUCCUACUCGGAGUUCGACGUCAGCGGGAAUGUUCUGGGCCUCAUCUUCAACCAGGGAUGAUAUGGUAGGGUGUGUGAUGGGGCGUUCUACGCCCCCUGCCUCCCGGCGCUCAACGUGCUGCGCCUGCACGUUUCCAUGUACCUGCAGUGCUGGGCUGUGAUGUGCUGCAACGCCCCCCAGGAGCGCGUCUUCAAGGCCUCCCGCUCCAACAACUUCUACAUGGCCAUGCUGCUGGUCAUUCUCUUCCUGUCCACCCUGCCGGCCAUCUACACCGUCGUGUCCAUCCCCCCCUCCUUCGACUGCGGGCCCUUCAGCGGGAAGAAUCGCAUGUACGAUGUGAUCCAGGAGACCCUGGACUCGGACUUCCCUCCCUGGUUCAGUAAAGGGUUCAGCUAUGUCUCCAACCCUGGUUUGGUGCUGCCCUUCAUCCUCCUCAUGGUUUUGGCAAUCUAUUACCUGCAAUCGACAUCCAAAACGUACAAGCAAGCCAACCUGGAACUGAAGAAAAAACUUCAAACUCAAAACGGAAGAGAACAAGAAGAGAACAAGAAGGCGGCGCUGAAGGCGGCCAUGGAGCUGGAGGAGGCGCGGAAGGGCCCGACGCCGCACCAGCCCGACAUCCCCGCCUCGCAGCAGCCACGCAGGGGUAGGAACACUGGAACGCCCGGGGGAACUGGGAUGCACCUGAGGGACUCAGGGAAGAUGUAUUUGAAGGACGAGACAAGGGGGAGGAUCAUGGCCGGAGUCAGAGGGCCAAUCAGGGGAAGGGUGGACAACAAGCCCCGCCUCUCAGAGACUCUGGGGGGCGUGUCCCUGCCAUCAGUCCCCCCGUCCCCAGGAGCCACACCCACCAGACUCCAGGGCACUUGCCUGGCAACCCACGGCAACCAGCUCCCAGAGUGCACAGAGAGUCCAGCUCACAAGGACACAGAGGAAUAA